AAUAUAUAUCUUUCCCUUCCUUCCAUUUCCUAGGUAUAUAUAACUCUCAACACAGAGAAAUCCAUAUUAAACGAUUUCGAUUUUAACCGUCUUUUGGGUUUAAGUUCGCCGCCGGUGACCAUGUCUUCUUCCUCUGAAUUUUCCGGGCAAAAACCGGCGAGGUUGCCGGAGAAGCCGAGGUUUACGCAGACUUGUAGUUUGUUGAGUCAGUACUUGAAGGAGAAAGGCAGUUUCGGAGAUCUGAAUCUCGGAAUGAAAUGCAACGUUGAAGCAAACGCAGGCGGUCCAGCCAUAGUGAGACAGCCGCCGGCAACAACCAUGAAUUUGUUUCCAGUCAAGGAGAAGCCCAGUGAUGUCUAUGCCUGGAACAUUGCAGAAGCUCCUUGGAGCAUGAAAUCCAUGGAUUUGUUUCCCCAACAGGCUGGAUUUUCAUUUCCUGUGUCUAAGGAUGAAGGCCUGAAAAUGGAUGAUACCAGGAGUGUUAAGGUGGAGCAGCCUCAAACUGCUGAGAUGACUAUAUUUUAUGGAGGGCAAGUGAUUGUCUUCAAUGAUUUUCCGGCUGAUAAGGCCAAGGAAAUCAUGCAACUAGCAGGUCAGGGAAGCUCUCAGACUCGGAGCAACAACAGCUUCCCUACGAAUCUGGCCAAGAGUAGUCCAGUUGAGUCCUGUAAUGGAAUUCCUCCGGCCUCAAAUGCCAUUCCUAGUUUUGGCAACAAUAUGAAGCAAGAUAGCAUUCAACUAGGUCCAUCUCAACCAGUUGUUUGUGAUCUGCCAAUUAAAAGGAGAGCUUCACUUCACCGCUUCCUGGAGAAGAGAAAAGAUAGGAUCACCACAAGAGCACCAUACCAGACAGGAGCAUCUCUUUCCAAGCCAGCAGAUGGCAAGUCAUGGCUCGGUCUUGCUGCUCAGUCACCACAGUAAUCCCGAGUUCGAACUCCAAGAAUUCUUUGUCUGUCUAAGCCUGUAAUCCCAUUUUGAUUUAGAAGGUUCAAGUCUUCCUGCAACUUUCUUAGGUCUGCAGUUGGUUGCCUACAUUUAGUUUGAGUUCUAGCUAGAACCCACCCUAGGGAUCCUAACUGCCUCUCAUUCCACCCAUUAUUAUUAGUUCCUGUAAUUAAUUAUAUUGAGAAAUUUUUAGUUCUUAAUUUUUAAGGAAAUUUCUGAUUUAUCUUCUCUAUAUAGCAGAAAAAAAUUGCAUUCUUGCUCAAAUAUGAAUUAAGAUUUGAAUUUUGGCGUAUUUCCUAUGAUUUUGUAAGUGGAGAUAAAACAAGGAUGAUUGUACACUCUACUCUAUUUGAUAAUGGGCUGUAUAUAUAAUUUUUUCAUAUAUCUAAAAGUUCAUACUUAUUUGAAGUCUCGGUUCUUAGAAGAUUUCGCCAAGUAUCUACAUAAGUAAUAGAAAUUGAUACGUGAAAGAGACGAGCUGUUGUGAUCUAAGCUUGGCAUACCCAAUACUUAUGGGUGGCCAGCUUUCAACUUCCGAAUCUCAACUAUUUUUCACCAGUUUCAGACUUCUUUUGGAGUCAUAAACCCUACAUAACAUGUUUUGCAUAGAUAAAACUGAAAAGUCUCUCUCUUAGGUAACCUAUAUUUUCUUCAACUUCAACAAUAUCAAAAUUUUGUUAUAUAUAUAUAUAUAUUUUUUCUUGGUUUUUGAUUGCCGAUUUCUGACUAUUUGUCC